AUGGAUAAAUUAAGGCAAAUUGUAGCCUUAAAUAUGAAACACUAUCAAAUUAAGAAUCCCACAAACAAGGACUACAAAUUGCCCCAACAUUUGCAGUUAAUAGCCGAUUCUCAAUUGAAUAAUAUGGAACUUAUACAUGACUUCGAUAUCAAUGAUGAAGAUGGCCGAAGUUUGCAUAUACAACAUAAGAAAUUUCGUUUUAUGAAUAGAAGAUUUAAACGUGAGAAAAAUGAAGAGUUUGAAGAAUUCGAGGCCUUAGAUCCGAUGCAAAUACCACCCGAUUUAGAUUCCAUAGAUCCUGUACAACAAAAGUCUUUGGAUUUAAAAAGUCUUUAUGCUAAAGUUAGAAACAAACGUACCAAACAGGCUAUAAGUAAGCUGGAAAGAGAAUAUAAACGUUGUAAAAAGGAAUCGGAUGAUAAUAAGGAUUGUAUGGUGGCAUUUAUGCGUAUGUAUAAUUUAGCACGCGAGAUCAAUGAGAAAAUGGAGAAAAUGAAAGCAAUUUUUAAGGACAGUGAACUUUUACUGCAAGGCAACUCCAGUUCAAGUAGUAAUGAAUCAAGAGAGUCGUAUUUAAAAUCCAGUUCAAAAGCUGUGACCGAAACAACACCAGUAAGUGUGCCGAUAACCAUGGAACCAUCGACGGUGGAUGACAACAGUACUAGUAAAAUUUCUAAGGCGGAAAAAAUUAAACCCAGUAAGAUAAGUUGGAUUUUGGAUGGCAAUGAUUAUAAUGGUUCUGAAGAAGAAUUUGCCAUAAUGCCCGAUGUUAAAGUGGAUAAUACUACGGCAGCUAACGAGGGGACAACUGAGGCUGCACUUAUUAGUAGUACUAACAAGAUAGUUCAUAGUAAUGAAUAUACUUUAAUAAAUGAAGCUAAAAGUCAGUUGUACAAAUCCAUGGCUACAACUAAUGCUCCAAGUACUACUGAUAUUUAUAGUAAAAAUAACACGGAACUUGACAAAACUAAUGAUUCGUCUAAUUUAACUACAGAUAAUCCCUUUAACUCUUCAAUUAAACCUGAUGAAGAGAAGUUUGAAAAAAUUAGUUGGAUAUUAGAUGGUGGUGAUAGUUCAGAAAAGGGAAAAUCUUAUCAACUAACUACUACGAACCCGUCUACAUCAAGUACUUCUGUUUCUAGCACAACUGCAAUUUAUGAUCAAAGUAAUGAAACGUCUACAAAUAGUCCUUUCAGUUCCACAACUAAAGCUGACGAGGAAAAGUUUGAAAAAAUCAGUUGGAUAUUAGAUGGUGAUGAUAGCUCGGAAAAAGGCAAGUCAUAUCUACUAACUACAACAAAUCCAACUAGCACUACUGAAGCUACUACAACUGCUCGAGCUACCACCGAUAGUCCCUCGACCUCUACGAGUAAAGAUAAAGAAGAGAAAUUCGAAAAAAUUAGUUGGAUAUUGGAUGGUGAUGAUAGUUCAGAAAAUUCCGUUAUAACUCAUGACCAUUUUGAGGAUACUCAUCAUACUACUGUUAGUUUAAAAACUACAAAUGAGGAUAGCAAUAGCACUUUGAUUCCAACAAGUCUUAUCACAAUAAAAGCCACUACUUCGAUAACAACAACCUUCUCCGAGGUUACCGAACGAGUCUUUACUCCUUCAACGACAACUGAUAACGAUUUGGAGCGUAAAUUACAGUUCGAUUGGAUUUUAGAUGGUGAAGAAUUAACAGCAGAAAUAACAGAAGUUUAUAAUACAUCCACAUCUACAACAGAACUGCCAUUAAAUGUCACCUCUUCACCAUUUCCCACUAAACCUAAACCCAUAAAAUAUAGCUGGAUUAUAGACAGUGAUGCCAAUAGUGCUGAAUCCCAUACUACGAUAAAACCUUUAACAACUUUAGCUCAAGAUCGUGUGUUAAAUGCGGAGCAUGAAAAAUGCAAUGCCACAUCUGAGGAUGGUGUAUGUAAAUUGCAAUUGAAGAAUGAUAAGCAGCGUUUUGGUGGCGGUGAUGAUGACGAACAUCCUUUAGAUAAUCCAAGUAGUUUGGAAAAUAUGCUAGAGAGUUUGGAACGCAUAGCUCCAACGGUAACGGAAAAAUCAAAUAAAACAUUUGAUCCUUUAGAUCGUAGCGAAUGGGAAAAGAAGUUUCAGCAGGCAGCUUUAAGUAAUCAACAGGAAAUAAUGGAUUCAUUUGGGGAAUUAGAUGCUAAACAUAUUGCCAAAUUUGGACCUAAAAUAAAUCCGGUAAAUCCUAAUAAUUUCGGGGCUGAUAAUCAAUUCAUGACUUUAUGCGAACGCAUGGCUAAGAGAAUGCGUGAUAAGGGCUCCUCACCGGCCGGUCCUCAGCCCCAACCGCAACCACAGCCUGAACCAGAUCCAGAGUCUUAUACACAAUCUUCAGCUGUGCAAUUUACAAGCCGUGCUCCAGUUGGUGGAUUUCCGGUGACAGGUGAAACCAUGAAGGCCUCAGCACAGUUUAUGUUUAAUCCCAACUUUGGCGCGCCCACUAUACCCAUUUGCUUUUAUGUUUCUCCAGCUAAUUUGCGAAUGGUCAAUCAAGUUCCAUUAUGGACACCCUCAUACUUUGGUAUGCCCGGAGGUUUUGGCGGUUCGAGUGGUGGUGUAAUGGGUGGAGCCGGUGGUCCCGGAGGUAUAUUCUUUGUACCACAAAACUUUGGAACUACGGGUAAUUUCUUUGGUCAUACAACUGGCACAGCUCAAGGUCAAGGAAAUAUACCAAAUAUAUUCUCCAAGAAUGCAUCUCCUCAACAAAAACAACAACAGCAGCAACAACAAGCCCAAAAACAAUUAUUCUGUACCUACAUGCAAAAUCAUGGUAACUCUGGUAGUACAGGUGGUGUAGUUGGCGGUGGAGUAAGUGGACCUGGUAAUGCUGUAAGCGGUCUUGGCUUUUCAAAUGCCAAUUUCAAAAUGCGUUCAGGGAAUUCUAACAAUUCUUUAUCUUCUGAUAUUAUCUAUGCUUCCUAUGCCGAUCUACCAGAUCAUUUGGGUCACGAAGAUCAUUUCAAGUGUGAACUACCGGGACAAUUGGCAUGUUAUGGUGGCAAUGAAUGUAUACGUGAACGUUCGUGGUGUGAUGGUUCGGUCGAUUGUUCGGAUGGUAGUGAUGAAGCAGCCUGUACCUGUCGUCAGCGUAUAGAUGAUGAUCGGGUGUGUGAUGGUUAUGCGGAUUGUCCAAUGGCUGAAGAUGAAAUGGGUUGUUAUGGUUGUGAGGAAUUUAUGUACUCAUGCUAUGAACAUCCCGAUGAAUAUAAAAUGAACAAUCAAUCUACCGUAUCCAUGUGUUAUAGCAGCUUGGAAAAGUGUGAUGGUUUUAGUAAUUGUCUAAAUGGUAAAGAUGAAAUGGAUUGCAGUUUGAUUGUAAAUGAUAUAACUCAUCAUAUGUCCCAUUCCGUUUCAACUUCUGAGGGUUAUCUUUAUCGUAACUAUCGCGGUGAAUGGUAUCCGGUUUGCAACAAUGGUGAAAAUUGGGCUUUAGAAGCUUGUCGAAAUGAAGGCGGUUAUUAUGGAAAACCCAAUAUAACAUUUAGACCACUAUCAUUACCGGGACCUUUUAUAGAACCCGCUCACAUUGGUAGUGCUCAUUUUCCGCAAUCGUGUCAGCAACGUGAUGAUCAAGAUAUACUGGCCGAUCAUGUAGCUUAUGUCAAGUGUACGCCCACAAAGUGUGGUAUUACGAAACGUAGUACGAAAAGUUUGUUGGCGCAAAAAUCGAAACGUUUUGCUAAGCUACAAGCAGCUGCUGAAUUGCAAAAGAAACGUGAAAUAGUUAAUGAUGCUGGACGUAUUGUGGGAGGUACAUUUAGUAAGCCCAUGGAAUGGCCAUUUGUGGUGGCUCUCUAUAGAAAUGGAAAUUUUCAUUGUGGCGGCACUAUUUAUUCGGAGCAGUGGAUUAUCAGUGCAGCACAUUGUGUUAUCAAUUAUCAUAAAUACUACUACGAAGUACGUGCUGGUCUUCUAAGACGUUCGAGUUUUUCUUUAUCGACUCAAAUACAACCGGUUUCACAUGUGAUCGUUCAUCAGGCCUAUGAACGCCGUAGUAUGCGCAAUGAUUUAUCACUCUUACGAUUGGCGAAACCUUUACUCUUCAAUCGUUGGGUUAAACCAAUUUGUUUACCCGACAUGGGGCGCUCAACAGCAGGUGAUGAUUGGAUUUGGGGGCCAGAAGCAGAUACUUUAUGUACUACCGUGGGUUGGGGUGCUAUAAGGGAGAAAGGUCCGGGAAGUGAUUCUUUACGACAAGUCACCGUACCAAUACGCAAAGCCUGCACUGAAAAAGAUGAUCAAGAAGCUGAAGAUAUUUGCGCCGGUGAUCCAGAUGGCGGUCGAGAUGCUUGUCAAGGUGAUUCUGGAGGGCCAUUAUUCUGUCGCAGUGUUAGUAAUAACGAUGAAUGGUAUCUAGCUGGUGUGGUCAGUCAUGGAAAUGGUUGUGCUAGACCAAAGGAAUUUGGUGUCUAUACACGAGUCGCUUUAUAUUUGGAUUGGAUAGAAAUGGCAAUUCGUCCCGAAUUUCUGCCACAUGUACAACCGCAAAAAAUGUGUCCCGGCUAUGUAUGUGUCUGGGGUGGUAAACGUUGUAUACCGCAAAGGAAACGUUGUGAUCGUAUUGUUAACUGUUUGGGUGGUGAAGAUGAAGUGGGUUGUAUUUAUAACUUUAUACCGGAUUUGGCAAGUACACAAAACUCCACAACCACCGAAAGUGACUAUCAUCCGGAGGAUGAUGGUAAAGGUACAACACCUAUAAGUGUGGUCGAGAAUAAUUUGGAAAGGCUUUUAGAAGAGGAUGAAGUUACGGAGGCAAAUGAAACUACCAGUAGUAAGGAUGAGUUAGAAACUUCAACUAUCACUGUAGACACCACUGUUGGAGAUGAAGUAGAGAACACACAGAAUUCAGAAAGUACUCAUACUACAAGCGAAAUUGUACAGUCUACAACAACAAACGUUGAGAUUACUAAUGAGCCAAAUAAUUCCACUGAAUUCCCUACUAUCACUACAGAAUUUUCUUUACUCAGCACCACUGUGUUAGUACCCAGUUCUACAGAGGAUCUGGAGAAAUUUACAACAUUAUCUGUACAACUAUUUGAGAGUACAACUGUAGGUAGUAUAUUAACUGAUAGUACUACAUUAUCAAUUGAUUCUACCACUCAGGAUUUGGUAACUGAAUCAACAAUGAAAAUAAAAAUUGAAUUUUUGGGCGAUACAACAACAGAUUCUCCAAAUGCAACAACACUGGCGUUUUCUUCGUUAGCAAGUACAACUGAAAAUACUUUGGCAUCAAUAACUCCUCUUACUACAGAUGGUCCUACAUCAACAACCGAUGCAAUUGAAAUAAAUUCUACAACUCCGGUACUGCCUAAGAAGUGGCCACAUAAAUUCACUUGUCAAAAGAUUACGCAAACUAUCGACAUAUCACAUCGUUGCGAUCGCAUUGUGGAUUGUGAAGAUGGUACUGACGAAGAUGGCUGCAGUUGUCGAGAUUACUUAAAGGAUCAAUUAAGCAUAUUAAUAUGUGACGGGAAGCCCGAUUGUGAAGAUUUAACCGAUGAAGAUAACUGCGGUAACUGCAAUAGUGAUGAAUUUUUGUGUCCACUAUCAAAAACCUGCUUGCCGCUGGAAAAACGUUGCAAUGAUUUUAUUGAUUGUAAAUUUAAAGAAGAUGAACAGGAUUGUUUCGCUCUUACAAAUGGUAAAGAAAUUAAAUUGGAUUCAAAUAAACGUCCAGCACUACAAAGUGCUGGUAUAUUUUCUCGCAACAUUAAUGGCAUCUGGCGUACUGUUUGUACUCAUGAAACAACAUUUAGCGAUCAUAAUGCCAAAACGGCGGCUGAAGUAUGUGCCCUAUUGGGUUUCAAAGGUUUCAAGUUCUAUAAUACCACACAACCGGCCAAACAUCAUCACAUUGUACCAAUUAGUCCAGAAAUUCAUUCAAAAUCUAGAUUUAACGAAGAAGUUCUAUCUGUAGUCGGUGAUAAUUUACACUUUUCUCAUGUGAAAAAUAUAUUUCUCAAAGAUUUAAAAACCAAUUUACGUACAAUACGUAUAGAACAAACUAGAGAAACUUGUUUGGGUCUUUAUGUUGAAUGUCAUGCAAAAUCAAAUCAUACGGAACCCCUGAAAACUAUUAGUGCUGGUCAACCGAAACCCUUGUUUGACGAUUUAAAAGUUCCGCAUUUUAAACCUGCUUUAGAGACCCAUAAUAAACCCAAUGUUUUUGUUAAGCCACAUUUGCCCACAAUGAUGGUGGAGAAAAAAGAAGAAAUUAUGCAAAAAUUGGAUAAAGUUAUAGAUGGGAAAAAGAAUAUUAGUAUUUUAGUUGAUAAGAAACUGCAUCAUGGCAUAGAGGAACUACAUUGGCCCUGGUUGGUGGAUGUAUAUGCAAAUGGUAAACUUUGGUGUUUGGGUGUGUUGAUGGACAAACACUGGAUAAUGGUGCAUGAAACUUGUGAUUUUGGUUUAAGAUUAAAUUCGGAUUAUGUGGUGGCUUUGUUUGGUGGCGGUAAAACUAAGCAUUUUCUACAUAGAAGUAAUCAUGAGGAAAUUCAUCGUAUAGAUUGUUCGGAGGUUGUACCGAAUAGUGAUGUUUUGUUAAUGCAUUUGGAAAGACCAGUUCGUUUUACACAUUAUGUAUUACCAACGUUUAUACCAGAUGGCUCCCACUUCGAUAAUCAUCCGAAACACGAGUGUAUAGCGGUUUUACAUGACAAUUCGCAUGGACGUGUCAAAACAGUAACAAUAAAAGAACAAAACGAUGACAAACAAUGUCAAAGUACGGCCAUGGGUUGUUAUCGCCUGAUCGAGAAAAUACCACCCAUGAAAUUAUUAAGAGAAACUUCGGUUAGUGCCGAAGACGUAGCCAAUAUAUCUGAAGAAGUAACGAUACGUGAUUCACAUAGUUCCGAAGAGAAUGAAGUUAUUUCGAAAUAUACAACCUGUACACAAUUUGGUAAUAAACAUUGGGUGAAUGGCACGGGCUUAGAGCCCAUAGAUCAAGGUAUUUUAGUAUGUCGCAGUAAUGAUACGGGUUGGUAUCCAAAUGCUUUAUUUUCCUACAAUAAUACGAAUUGUAAUAGUUUUAAACAGGCCUUUGCUAUGAGAACUUUAGAUGAGGCCUAUAAGGCAAUACACGAGAUAUUGGAAACUUCCCGUUGUAAAAUUGCCCAUGAUGUUCCGUUAUGCUCAGAUUUUAGAUGUCCUUUAGGUUUGUGUCUGAAUGCCAGUCAAAUUUGUGAUGGACAUAUGGAUUGCCAUGAUGGAAGUGAUGAAAAACUUGAGAUGUGUACACGUCUGAAUAAAACUUGUGAUCCCUCGGAAAUGAAAUGUCGCACUAGUGAUAAAUGUUUGCCCAAAACGAAAUUUUGUGAUCAUAUAGCGGAUUGUGAAGAUCUAACGGAUGAGCCUACAAUAUGUUCCUGUUUUACUUAUUUAAGAGCAACCGAUCCUUCAAAAAUAUGUGAUGGUGUUCGAAAUUGCUGGGAUAAAAGUGAUGAGAGUCCAGUUUUAUGUAAUUGUACCGCAGAUCGUUUUCAAUGUGGACAAUCCUCGAAAGAUUGUAUACCACGGGAAUUUGUCUGUGACAAGGAAACCGAUUGUCCUAAUGGUGAAGAUGAGCGUUAUUGUUAUGGAAUUGAACAUCCUAUAGAACAAAAUGAUGAUCUCUCACAAAAGCCUUCCAACCGACCACCCCAAUAUGGCCAAUUGUUAGAGCAAAGCUAUGGCAUUUGGCAUACGAAAUGUUUUCCCAAAUCCACACCACCCGAUAUGUCUGAGGUCAGACAAAUAUGUCAAAAAUUGGGCUAUAGUCCAUAUCGUCAGCCUAGUUAUCGUCUUAUCGAUGAUGCUCUCAACGAUGUCAUCUUUACACAAGAAUCACCCGAUCAACGUGGUCGUUCGUUUAGUAAUGAUCCUUUGGCGGGUAAAUAUCGCACCUCAACUAAGGCGAUUAUUAAAAAUAAAUUUUCACCUUUACUGCUUAAUGAACAAUUAACGUUGUUCGUUAAACCAUCUCGACCUAUAGCGGAGCUGGUACGAUGGAAUACUACGGACUCGGAGAAAUGUUUAAGGUUAGAAAUAAAAUGUUCGUAG